CCUGUGCAAUACUUUAUAACGUACCACACGUGCGCAGACUAUCGCUGGGUAAUAAGUUUCCUUCGGCUCAUUCCGAGGUUUAUUUACUAUCGUAGCUGAUUAGCAUGCGUUAUUUUAGACGCUUUACUGCUAAACAAUGUCGCUGAAUCAAUUUGCCGAACACAAACCAUUAUUUUCAGAACAAAAACCACAAAUAAAACAUUCUGUUGCAGAAAUAACUUCGCCCUUUAACGAAGAUAAUUCAAGUCAAAUCGACAAGGAUGUCAAAAAUGUUUUUAAAGAUGAACUGUUAGAAAAUGAUUUGUCUUGCAAUAAAAAGGUUGAACCCGAAAAAAUUGCAUCUUAUACAGAGAUGAUUGCAAAAGCAAUAUUUUCCGGCAAAGGAAAUAUGUCAACUCUUCAAGAUAUUUAUGAAUUUUUAAUUGAAAACUUUCCGAUUCUAAAGAGUCGAGGCAAAUCUUGGAAAAACAGUGUUCGUCACACACUUUCUCUAAACGAAUGGUUUGUUAAGAUUCCACGCACCGAUAAUGGUAAAUCAUGCUACUGGUCAAUUCAUCCUAUUUAUUUAAAUCGAUUUCGUAAAGGGGACUUUCAGAAACAACGAAAAUCUGGUAUUACUCGACUUCACCAUUCAUCUAAACGAACACAUGUGUUUCCUUCUUACUUUUACACAGAAAGUACUCCUUCUGAUUACCCGCACAUGGUGCCAACACUUCCGUCUCCAUAUAGAGAACAUUGUCCAUACGUAAGCAAUCCUACACUACCUAAUUUAUCAUUACAAUACUACCCUUCUGCGGCUAUACCAAAUCGAUCACACACUGAUUCUGAUUCGCAGUCAUAUAUAAAAACUGACAAAACUGACAUAAAACCGUACAGUUUAAAAUCACCAAGCAGCUAUUUUUUUUCUCCUUACCAAAAGUAUCCUCAAGAUCAACUUAGCCCAUGUGGUGCGCAAAAAAUGUACAUGGAAUCUUUACGCCAAUCUCCGAUGAUGCAUUUCCCACAGACCUUUUCGCCUUCUUACGGAAAUACGUAUUCAGGAGACAAUAAUGUAAAAAGCUCAAUAGAAACGCGAAAUAUGUACUUUCCUACUGAUUAUCGUACGUGUCACGUAACCGACUUCCCUUAUGCACCAUAUACACCUUAUUAAAUUUUGAUUUAAAAUUGUCAUAUAAAUUUAAGAUUGUUGUUUUCUUAAUAGUUUUUAAACUUA